AUGCGUUUCUCCAUCAGCAUUGCAACCAGCAUCGCAUUCGCUGCAGUUGCGUCUGCUAUUCCCACGAUCUCGGUCAAGGGAAGCAAAUUCUUUACUAGCGAUGGAAAUCAGUACUUCGUCAAGGGUAUCGCUUACCAGCUUGUGCCUGAGGACCCCCUCAUCGACAACAACCAGUGCCAAUUGGAUGCAUCUCUGAUGAAGACUCUCGGCGCUAACGCCAUCCGUGUCUACCACGUUGACCCCGAUGCCGACCACAAGGCUUGUAUGUCGACAUUCGCGGACGCUGGAAUAUAUCUCUUUGUUGAUCUGGAUACCUUCAACACUCAGAUCGAGCAAACUUCCCCUCACUGGAACGAGUCACAGUACGAUGCAUUCGCCAAGGUCAUGGAUGAAUUCCAGCAAUUCGACAACACCGCUGGCUUUUUCGUUGGCAAUGAGGUCCUUACCACCAGCAACGGUUCAAUUGCUGCUCCUUAUGUCAAGGCUGCCGCUCGUGACAUGAAGUCCUACCGUAACAGCAAGAACUACCGCAACAUCCCUGUCGGCUACUCUGCUGCUGACAUCUCCUCCCUUCGACCCAACCUUCAAAACUAUCUUGCUUGCGGUACCAACUCUUCAGAUGCUCUAGACUUCUUCUCACUAAAUUCAUACGAGUGGUGCGGGCAAACUACCUAUGAAGUUUCUGGUUACGAGCAGUUGACUCAUGACAUCACUUCGUACAACAUUCCCAUCUUCUUCUCCGAGGUUGGAUGCAACACUCCCAAGCCCAGAACUUUUGACGAUCAAGCCGCCAUCUUCGGUUCCGAGAUGGCACCUUACUGGAGCGGUUCCAUGAUCUAUGAAUGGUUGGAGGAGGCGAACAACUACGGCCUUAUAAAUUAUGGUCCUCAGACUGACCCAACUGCAACCAAUGCGGUCGGCGGAUUCACCCGUAGUGGAACUCCUACGCCAAUUUCACCCGAUUUCUACAACUUGAGCAACCAGUGGAAGACUCUCACCCCUUCUAGUGUUUCAGAAGCCGCCUACUCUCCUACCAACUCCGCUCCUGAGUGCCCUGCGUACACUUCUGGAGUUUGGGAAGUAAGCGGGAACGUCGCUCUGCCUACCGUCGGCCAGGCCUACGAGGCUCAAACCACCACUCCUGCAACUUCAACUUCUGGUGCAACUGGUACCGGCGCAACUGGUAGCCGUAGCGGCAGUGGAAGCGGUAGCCGUAGCACUGGUUCCACCACUGGCACAAGCACUGGUGCUAGCUCUGGAACUGCUGCCUCAGCCAGCCAGACUGGUAUGGCUAGCCCGAGCAGACAAAUCGCUGGUAUGAGUGUUGGUCUUGUCAGUGUUAUGCUUGGCUUUAUCUGGUGGUUGUGA